CACAGUCCAGUGCUAAAUUCUCUCGCUCUGAGACCUCUACCUCAAUCAUGGAGAUCACCACCUCCAACCACAAGAUCAUAACGACUACAGCAAGAGCACCUCAACAGCAUGACGUAUUUUUGGACUGAUGCAACUUACACUCAGAAUACUGAUGACUUGCUGGUGGCAUCUGCCGAGUGCCCAAGUGAUGAUGAGGACAUAGACCCAUGCGAGCCAAGCUCAGGUGGAUUAGCUAACCCUACUGGACCAGGGGUGAAGAGCUAUCCUGGUCAGUCUGAGGUUUUCCAUGGGUCCAGCAGCACCACAGGCAUGGUGGCUGGCAUCGUGGCUGCUGCUGCACUUUGCAUUCUUAUUCUUCUCUAUGCCAUGUACAAAUACCGCAACCGUGAUGAAGGAUCGUACCACGUGGAUGAGAGUCACAACUACAUUUGCAAUUCAGCCCAGUCAAAUGGAACAAUCUUAAAGGAGAAACCAAUGGAUGGUACCAGUAGUGUCAGCAAGAGCAAGAAAAACAAAAACAAGGAGUAUUAUGUGUGAUUCUAUCAUUCUCAUCCACAGUUCUCACAAAAUUCAACUAUAAGACCUACUCAUGUAAGAUAACAAAAACUGAGAGAUUGUGGAAAAGCAUUUAGUCAUUAUGUCUUAAACAGAAAUAGAAUAGAUGAAAGAACAGAAGGACAGCCACUUGCGGAUGUUCAGAAAAUGUCCAGCAGGCCGGUCGGAGUAAGACAAGCUGAUUAAAUAUCCAACAAUUACCCAUUAGUGAUGGAAAGAUGACUCUCACUUUCUUGUGUAACAAAUGCAAGAAUGGAAUGAAGAAUACGCAAUAGACUAUUACAAAAUGCUUUUGUGAUUUGUUUUGUUUUCCUGAAGCAUGAUAAUUCUUAUAGAGCUAAUAUGAAUGAAAGUUGACGAUAUAAUGGAAAAGAAGAUUAUUUUUGGCAAACAUAUGGCUUGCAAAACAGUUGUGGAUAUCUCAGUGAUUAUGGAUUUUAUGGUUAAGUCUUAUUUAAUGUUUCUAUACAGUAAAACCACAACUGUUUGUUUUAUAACCUGUUGCAUUGAGGAUGCAAACUUCGUCUACUAUAUGUCAAAAAUGUCUUACAUGGGUCUAUUAUAGAGUUUACAGAUAACAAACAAUGCAAUUUGUUGUUUACAUUUUAUUUUUUCUAUUUUGUUAUCUGCAAAUGACUUUAAAAGUUGUCUCUUAACUUUUUGACUAUGGGUGUGCACAUACACGGCCCAUAUUUUCGAAUGUACUCUGAAAGACACACAAAACAGUGAAGCCAGAGCUUUCCAAAGACAUAUCACUAUCAAUAAACUCACAAACCUAAACUCCCAAGAGAUAGUUCUCAGCCUGCAGUGACAGAUGGGAUGAGUCCAUGUUUAAUUGUGCUUACCCUCAGAAUGCAAUCAUAUAUCAAAUUCAUUCACUUAUUUCCAUCAUGUGAGUACAUCAACAGAGUACACUCAUUUGACUUAUUUUUUAGACCUGUAUUGUUUUUUAUACAGUAUUUUAUUUCUGAGACUUUAAAAUUGUAAGCAUUAAAAAUAGCUGUGAAACAUUUAUCAAUCAAAUAAAAUAUUACCCAGAAUGAA